UCUUCCAAAUCUCCUAAAGGGUCCGGGCUAAUUCUCUGCCAAAACUAUCAGUGGAUUUCUUCCUUCUAAUCUCCCAUAAUGCCUUAUUCGAUUAUUGUCAAUGCUCUCCCUUACUGUUCUUACGUCUCUUAAAACUCCUUCGGUGUUUCUCCCCUAAACAGAGUUAUUCAGAUGAAGACCUACCGCAAGAGUCAAGUGGAUGAGGGCAGGCGUAAAAACAAUUUAGAUGUAUAUUAAACCGCGGAUGCGAAUUGAAUCGAUAAUAUCAAAUUAUGGGCGGCGCAGGUUAUUUUAUUUGACGCACCUCUUUUCAUUGCAGAGUAUGCAAAAACUAUGGCUUUCUUCAUCACUUGCAUCUUCCUGUCUUGCAUCGGGGACGUUUGGGGAAACCAACAAACAGAAGCCAGGGUCUAUUUGGAUAAUAUAACCCGGAUUUUGGACAGAUUAUUAGACGGCUACGAUAACAGGCUCCGACCUGGAUUUGGAGGUCCUGUCACAGAGGUCAAAACAGACAUCUUUGUCACCAGUUUUGGUCCGGUUUCAGAUGUAGAAAUGGAAUAUACCAUGGACGUUUUCUUCCGGCAAACGUGGAUCGACGAGAGGCUUAAAUUCGACGGGCCCACGGAGAUCCUGCGCCUGAACAACCUCAUGGUCAGCAAGAUCUGGACACCGGACACCUUCUUCCGGAACGGGAAGCGAUCCAUCUCUCACAACAUGACCACUCCCAACAAGCUGUUCCGUAUCAUGCAGAAUGGGACUGUGCUCUACACCAUGAGGCUUACUAUUAAUGCAGAAUGUCCGAUGAGACUUAUGAACUUUCCGAUGGAUGGACACGCCUGUCCCCUCAAGUUUGGCAGCUACGCCUAUCCCAUCAGUGAGAUUGUUUACACGUGGAAGAAAGGACCUCUGUUGUCAGUAGAGGUACCAGAGGAAUCCUCAAGCUUGCUUCAGUAUGAUCUGAUAGGUCAGACGGUGUCUAGCGAAAGGUUAAAGUCCAACACAGGUGUCUAUUCCGUACAGGUCAUCCACUUUUUCCUGGAAAGGAAACUAGGUAAUUAUCUCAUCCAGACCUACAUCCCAUUGAUCAUGACUGUUGCACAGUCACAGAUUGUGUUCUGGAUCAACAAAGAGUCUGUUCCUGCACGAACUGUUGCAGGUAUCACCACAGUGCUUACCAUGACCACACUGAGCAUAAGUGCUCGCCAUUCGCUCCCCAAGGUGUCGUACGCCACGGCCAUGGACUGGUUCAUCGCCGUCUGCUUCGCCUUCGUCUUCUCCGCGCUCAUCGAGUUCGCCGCCGUGAACUACUUCUCCACGCUGCAGGCCAACCGGGAGAAGCGCAAGGCGGCGGCGCUGAAGGUGGCUGCACUGGAGGCGGCCGUGGCCGAGGCCGAGGAGGAGGUGGUCCAGGCCGCGACGGACGGCGGCGGCAGCCUGAAGAAGAGGAUGAACUCGGUGGCCCGCGGCGAGGCCCCUCCACCUGCGGAGCAGCCCAAGCCCACCCCCGCGCCCGUGUUCGUGCAGCAGCGACCCCCCGCCCCGCCUAGCAACGGGCUGCCGGGCACCAGUAUAAUCGACAAGUACGCACGCAUCCUCUUCCCCUUGUCCUUCGGAGCUUUCAACCUGGUCUACUGGAUCGUCUAUCUCACCAAGGACACCAUGGAACCCUCAAGGGAGUCUGCGUGAGACCCCCCCCCCCAACCUGCAAAAUGAGGUCAGCCAUGCUGGUUCAACUGUCUAUGGCCUGGCAGAGAAGGAGGCAAAACCAUCACUGUAAGGGGGGUGUGUAGAGACCAGCUCUAUUAGUGUUGCUGCUGCAGCGCAAACCGUACUUUCCUCCGUCUGUUUUUUUUUUAUUUUGUUUUUAAUUACUGCAAAGAGUUUACUGACUGACCAGCGGGGGCUGUGGCGACGUGGCCUUUUGCCAGACUCUUCAUCAGGGGCGGAUUCACUUAUCUGGAGGCCUAAGAUUGACACCAGCAUGGACACUCAGGUGUUGGCAAUUUUGCCAAACUGUUUCAGUGUGGGGCCCUGAUGUUUGCCCGGGGUUCUAGGCUACAGCCUUGGGUAGCCAAUGCGUAACUCUGCUCCCGACAGCGAUGCUUUUUGUUCGUCCAAAAAUGUCUCCCAGUGUUCGCAAUGAGGAACCCAAACACACGUGUACAGCCAUAGUGAAGUUUGACACACACACGUGGAAAUGAAAGGAUGACAGUCAGACUAACAGCCUGUGUGAAAAUCCUCCCCUAAUCCAGGUUAAUAAAUACAGACUCUCCCCAGGUUACGAUGGGGUUACGUACCGAUAAAUCUAUCGUACGGUAAGAAUAUUGUAAGGCGAUGUAGUACACCUAACCUAUCGAGCAUCAUAGCCUAACCUACCUUAAACAUACUUAGAACACCUACAUUAGGCAACCUACAGUUGGGCAAAAUGAACACAUUUUUUUAAAUAUAAUAAAGUGUUUAAUAUCUCAUGUAAAUUAUAGAAAAAUGUACUGAAACUGAAAAACAUUUACCCAUCGUAAAGUCGAAAUAUCGUAACACGGACCAUCGUAACCUGGGGAGCGUCUGUACACUGAUAUAUCAAUAGUUCUCCCAAACAUGGUCUGUAUUACUACGUAACUGCUUAGGCUACAUGCAGACGAAUGUGAACGGCAGUUUAUAAAUGCAAUCUUAUUUUGCAUAAACUAUCUUCACUAAUGAUGGCAACUUCUAGAAGGCCUCAGAUUUUAAGUCAUUUUGGGGUGAAGUCAGGUUUAUCAGAUUUAAUUGGCUUGUUGUGACUAUGCACACUUUUGAUUCAUUCAUUCACCUCUUCUAUCAGGAUGGUGGGACCAUGCUAUUUUGGAAAUGGAGUGAUUUCUGCUACAGUCUUUAAUGUGCUAUUUAGGUUUGGGACCAGCAUGACUGUAGACUAUCCUUCACUGCUGACUAAUCAUUAUGUGCUUCAUGUAAGCUGCACUGAAUUCAUUCCAACUUCUGAAUGUUGAUUUUAUUUCUACUCAUCAAGAGAUGAACCUGCUUCGGGAAAUGUACUGACCGUACAUACACAUUAGAUUUCCGUACGCAUAUUAGGCAUGGUUACUCAGAUUUUCUUUUAUUUUUCUAGCCUUCCAAAGUAUAUGAUAAUAUCUCAUAUUUAAUCAUUCCCGUUACAGCUUGUUUUCAUGAAAGAAUAUUAAGAUCUGAUUUGUUACAAACAUAUCAAUUACUGUUUGAUAAAUGUAUUAUACAUCCAUAUAAUUAUUGUAUGCCGAAUUUAAAUGAAUGUUCAUUGUUCCGCUUGAAUAAAUUCUAUGUACAUCUUUUUUUAUUUACCUUUGUGGUUCUUGGCGCAAAUAGCCGUUGUCAUGCAAUAAACCUCAACUCAUUCCUAUAGAAGUAACAUUCCAAUUUGAAGAGUAACAAUCCAAUUUGAAGAGUAACAAUCCAAUUUGAAGAGUAACAUUCCAAUUUGAAGAGUAACAAUCCCAUUUGAAGAGUAACAGUCUAUAUCAGUUUGUAUUGGAUCUAUUGGGGUGCCAUAUAUGUAUGUAAAGUGUCAUCUUUUCAAAGCAUUUUUCAAAUUUCUACUGUCCAUGACAUUACAGUGCUACCCUUAGGGCUUCUAAACCUCUCCUCAAAACAUCUUUUAUGAGCUUUUCCCGUUCCUGGCAGAGUUGCUAUCUUGUAUUUUAUACAAAAUUGUUUGUCAGCCGCCGAUACUAAUUUAUUGUAGCUGUCAAUGCAAAAACUGAACAUAUGUCUCUUUUGUAAAGACUUAAAAACCUCUGUUCGUUUGUUCAAGUUAAAUAUAGUUCCUGCUUGUCUUGUCAAUUUUGAAAAAGAGAUAUUGUAACUAAUUGUC